UCCUCUGUGGCCAUCUCUCGGCGUGCACCGCUUCCUGCUGCAGGUAGAAGUGUUCAGUGUUCCUGCUGCCGGGGCGCCAGGCGGCACACACUCAUCUACGAGAAGGCGACAAAAGCUCUGUGACGGCACAGAAAUGGAGAAGAGUUGCGCCGAGUGCUCAGAGACCACGCUAGCACAGAGCUUGUGCACACAGUGCAACAAGUGGCUGUGUUACCAGUGCACAGAUGUGCACCAGCAUCCAAGAGCCCCAGUGGCGUCCCAGUACACAGAGCUGCAUGACCAGCAGAGGCUGCACAAGAAAGGCUCAGGCUCCGUUCCUACGACUGCACCAGGUGCAGGAACAUAUCCUUGUUCCCUCAUGUGCCACUCUCAUAGACAGCAGCCCCUGGAGCUGUUUUGUGAGUCAUGUGACCUCCUGUGCUGCAGCAGCUGUCACGUGUCCUCCCACAAAACCCACAGGGUGGUGCAGAUUGGGAAGGCUCUCCAGGAUCAGCGGUGGCUGUUUGAAAGCCUGAUGGUGCAGGUGGAAGAAAGAAGGUCUGCUGUGGAGAACAGCGCAAAGCAGAUAGAAAACAGGGUUCAUGGAGUCAAGAUUGCACACAGGAAGGCUGAAAACCAGAUUAAAAUGGCAAAGAUGAUUAUGAUGAAUGAGCUUAACAAACGAGCUAACCUAUUAAUAGAGCAACUGGAGAAAAUCUCUGAGGACUUUCAGCAGUGUCUGGAGGACCAGCUGCAGGGGGCGAUAGAGACGUGUGGCCAGCUGGACCAUGUGCAGAAGUUCAUAAAUUGGGCUACAUCUCACCAUUGUCAGGGCCCUGUGCUCUUCAGCAGUAGAAUGAUUUCUAUGCAAAUCCAACAGUUGCUUGACUCGUCACUGCAGUCUGACACUUGGAGUCCGGUCAAAAUCAAGUUCAACUGGGAUGCAAGCUACUGGACGAAGCAGAUGUCUUCAUUAGGCCAGCUGACUGUAGAGGGUGGAAGCUGUCCCUACCCUCAGGGCUUGAGUUGUGCCACCGUUCUCAGGCCCCAGCCUAUCACCUGCUUGGCUCUCCCGCCCGUGUGCCAUAGAGGACGAGAGUCCGCCUGCGGGUACCAGUUGUGCUGCGAGCCCCAGGUGUGUUGCUUGCAUGGCAUCACUUCUCAGUCAGAUCUGGACAAGAGCCAGCUGGGGGCUUCACUCUACAACUCAAGCUAUGUUCCACCUGCCAUUGCCUCUCGGGUACAGAGUCAGCAGUUGCAGAGGUUGUGGGACCCAAACAACUCCUCUGCCUUGCAAACAUCUUCACAAUGCCCUUCACCCGCCCCUGUCAUGGGACCCCUCCAGAUUAAUUGUGGUCGUUCACCACAAGCAAGUGCAUCCCAGUCCCAGUCUCUGCCUGAAUCUCAUGUCUAUCACCAUCACCACAGAGGAAAUGUUCCAGUCGGCCAUGGUCUUCACAGUGCAGACCACCAGAGGCCACGCCAGAGCCAGAUGCACAAGACUUGUCCACGCAAAUUGUCAAGCAGUGCAACUCUGCAGGAGGUGCUGGACGAUACAGCCGUUGAUCAAGACGCCACAGCUGAGGAGAGCUGGGAGGAGCAAUGCAGAGUGGACGAGAGUUGUGGACAAGAAGCUGAACAUGAGGAGUCGCAGUCCGACAGAAGCCUGCCGAGUCCUGUCCAACAACAACAGAACUUUCAGGAUGGUCCAGAAGCAGAACAGAGGAAAGAGCAGAAGAGGACCAGCCCUGCACAGACACUAUGUGGUCAAACAAGCCAGAGAUCCACAUCCCUGGAGGUGUCUGCGACAGCCAACAAUUGUAGCUCUGAAGUACAGCGGUGCAGGCUCAGCCCGAGUUCAGUGUGCGCUGGUGGGAAACAACGUUCCCAGAGCAUCCCUGCAGAGCUAGCAGCCUCACCCGGUGGCUCUUAUUGUGAAAGGCCAACAGUAUCUACUCACAGCACUGAAGCUGCAAAUAUGCUAACAAGGAAGUAUCCCAGUGCAGACCCCAAGCAGAGAAGAGCUUCAGAUGGUGUGCUUUGCAUAGUCAAGGAAAACUCAGCUGACAUCGCCGUCACCAGAAGCCGCCGGUUUCCAUUACUGUCCUAUAAAACUGAGCCAGAGCCUUCUUACGUAAAUGCUGAGGCUUGUUAUGAUGCCAAGGAAAAGUGCAGCGUUUCAAGAAAUGGCCACAACAGCUGCAAAAAUGCUGAACAAGACUUUGGAAGAUCCAGAGUUCCAGUAGUGUGCCUUGAGCGCCUGAAAGUUCUUAUCUCUCAACUUCCUCCACAUGGACGACGGCAGAGCGACCCUUUGCCUGCAAGCACGACAGAGAAGAAUGAAACUUUGUUGCAUGUAACACAGAAGGGGAUGUCUAGAGGCCUUGAGCCCACUAAGACCCACUCAGUUGCAUCAUCACUGUAUGCAGACAAACACCAGUUGCUCACAGCUGACAGUGAGUGGGAUCAUUGCGCAAGAGCCAGCUCUCCUAAAGCAUCCAUGCUGACACCUGCUGACCCUCAGCACAGUCACUCUCCACUUGAUCAUGACUCGGACUCCGAUCCCAGGUCAGUCUCAGAAGAAGUCUUUCAAGCUGACUCGCAACUCGACUCGGACACGUCACCCGAGUUUUCAUUUGAGGCUGAAUUGGAUGAUGCAGAGAAGGAGAAUCCAGUUCUGAAACGCGCCGAAGGAACUGGUGUUAUGGGGGAUUCUGAGUCAAGUCUCGAAUGUGGUGUAGACCCAGAAACAGCUUUGGGAGCUGGAUUAGACGAUGAACAGGAAGGACAGGAUGUUGAUGCAGAGUCAGGUGCCGCAGAUACAGAGUCAGAUGCCCAACCAGAAUUUGACCCCAUGUUCCCGGCAGAAACAGAUUCAGACAUUGUGUCCGAUCAGAUUCUGGACUCUCAGGACUCCGUGGAGUCUGAGAUUGACAUAGAUUCAGAGCAUGAACAGACAACAGAUGAUCCACAACCUCUACGCUCUGACUUAGAGGAGGAGUCCCCCAUUGGACCUGGUCAGAGGCCACUUCUGAUUGCGAACCCCGUUUUGCCGAGGCGGGCAGAAGAAAUCGAAGAGGAAAACACAGAAAAUGAGAGCGAGGACUUCUGUGCGGUGUGUCUGAUUGGCGGGGAGCUUCUCUGCUGCGAUCGUUGUCCAAAGGUUUACCAUCUGUCGUGUCACAUCCCACCUCUGAUUCGGUUCCCUACAGGUGACUGGCUGUGCAGUCUUUGCAGAGACGUUGUGCAGGCAGAGUGUGAAUAUGACUGUGAGACCAGAAGAACAUCUGGGGAGCACACACCAGUUCCUUGCUUGUCUCUGUGUGAUCAGAGAAAAUGUGAGCGGCUAACCCUCCUGAUCCUCAGUAACCAGCUGAGCGCGCCCUUUCAUGAGCCUGUCAGUCCACUUGCUCGUCAUUACUAUCAGAUCAUCAAGAGACCCAUUGACCUGUCUGUGAUCCGAGCCAAACUCAGCAAGAGGAGCACGCAACACUACAAGUCACCUGACCAGUUUGUGGCUGAUGUCUAUCUCAUGUUCCACAACUGUGCAAAGUUCAACUAUCCUGAUUCAGAGGUGGCGCAGGCAGGCCGCAGCCUGGAGGCCUUUUUUGCCACCAAGCUGGAGGAAGUUUUCCCAGGCCAAGUUUUCCCAGCGCUUGAGCCAGACAGUGAUAGCGAUGAGUAUGAUGAGGCCUACCGAGCAGCUGACGCUGGGUUCCCCUGGCCGGAGAGGAGGGAGCAGUGCCACAGGAAGAGAAAGAGAAGACAGUCGCUUAAGUCGAGAAGACAUCUCUUCUAACUUCUUUUUUUGAAGUUUGGUAUUUUUGUCGAGGAAUGUUUGUGUUUUUAUUCUAUAUUUCUAAGAAAGAAUAAGGCUGUGCAUCGCUUAGCUCUACUGCCUCAUGCCCAAAAUAUGGGUUUGCAUGUUCUACCUGUGCUUGCAUGGGUUCUCUCCGGGUACCCCGGUUUUCUUCCACAGUCCAAAAACAUUUGCUAUGUUAACUACAAGCUAAAGGUGUGAAAGAUUGUCUGCCUCUGUGUGUCACCCGAAAGCCCCUUUUCCACUGCAUGGUACCCACUCUGACUUACUGUACUACCAAGGACUAGUAGGUACUGUUGUAGAUGUUAUGUAGAGUAGAUGUUCCAAGCAUGCAAGCCCUACAUUAUGAGUGAAGUAAAUGACUGCUGAUCACUCGCUGGUCAAACAAACUUAUUGACAUCACAGAAAUACUUCAGCAUGAAAUGACAAAAUGACAAAUGCACUUGGAAUUAGCUCACUCUGUUGUUGUGCCUUCAUUUUGGAUGCUGCAAUGUUAGACUCCACAGUCUCCAUUCUGUUGCAUUGGUCCAUUUUCUUGCUGCCCUCAAUCUUCUCUUGAAUAAAAUGUCUCUAUUUAUCAUGGCCAA